AUGAUAAAAAUAAAUCUGUUCAAUUAUAGCACAGCAACAAGUUGUUAUGGCAAUUUUUUUAUUUUGAAAAGAUACAAGAGUCAUAUAAAUUCAGUAUCCAUAUUGCAGCAAUUUUAUAAUAGAUUGCCUAUACGAAAAAAGUAUAUAAAAGCCAUAAAAAAAGGGACUCUUAUUUGGGAUAAAGGCCAAGUCAAGAUACCACCUUUAAAAAUCGAAGGAUAUGACCCCCCAAAAAAAUGCCUCUCUCCCUUAGUUAAAAAUAGAAAUAAUCAAUAUCGAGGAAAAUUUGAGAAUUUAAAAUCUCACCGUGUUGAAUUUCAGGACUGA